AUGGCCCAUAAAAUUCGGGAAAUGGUUCAGGGAGACGGGAUUGCACCAGGUUUUAACGAUGCCAGGUGGGGCCUGUACCCACCUGUUACACCAGGUCUCCGGCUGUCCGUGGUCACGUCUCGCGAGCCGGAGAAAGGGGGGUCUUUGCCGCCCGGACCAAGAGGAGACAACCUCAUCAAAAACCUAAAUCCAAGAUGGGGAGCCAGGUCGAAGGAUGCGUGGCUAGAUAGAGGACUAGCCGCAACUGAACUGGGAAAGCCUGGGGGAAGGGACGAUCCACUAAGGCGUGGACUUAGUGGUGCAGGCGUCAGGAAAUACCUACGCUUUCUUCACGAGGGCAUAUCACCCGAAGAAGCGAGGAAAAAAGUCCUAGACGACAAGGAAAAAAGAAAGGAAGAACAACCUCCUCAAACUUCCAAGGCAUCGCCUAAGAAAAACCCCCAAGGUAAGAGGGGAAGUGACUUCAUCUCACCCCAACAAAAAAAGGGGGAAAAGAAGCAAAGAACCGGUGACGAUCCCCGGGUAAUGAAGACGAGCAAGUCUGCAAACAUAGCAGGGCAAGCCACCAGCUAUGCAAAAGCGGCAAAGCUCAUCAGAAUCGGAGUAUUGCCGGAGGACUACCCUGAGGCAACUCUAACCUCCGAACAACUCACAGAUGUGGAGGAAGCAGUCGUAUCAGAAAUGAUCAACAGCACAACAAAGGGCCUGCAGUUCUCAGGUAUUCAUUUUCGCUCGGGAAUGAUACUUGUGGACUGCGAGUCGGAGCAGACAGCAGAAUGGCUGGCUCAGAUGGCACCUAGGUUGAAGGAAUGGAAAGGGCCAGCGCUGGUAGCGAAAAGAGGAGAGGACAUCCCAAAAGCGCAUACCAUCAGCCUUUUUCUUCCACGGAGCAAAGGGCAAGACACCACAGCUCUCCUGAAACUCAUUGGAGUACAGAAUCCAGAGAUCUCCACCGAGACCUGGAAAGUAAUAAGCGCCAAAGGAAAUGGCCACGGUCAAGUGCUUUCUGUUGGGAUCGACACCAAAUCUGCGGAUAGCAUCCAGGCAAAGGGAUACACUAUCCACUACAGGUUUGGGCAAAUCCCCGUAUCUGGCCUCAGAAAGCAGGAGAAGGCAAAGGACAAAAAGAUGGAGCUUGAUCCAUCCACUUCAGCCUCUACCUCCUCCGAGCCAGUCGCCAAUGAGAACACCUCUACGGCGACUGAAACACAAGAGACCGAGGGCAUGGACCUCGAUCUCAAUGUCAACCCGACCACUUCCGCUGAGGAGAAUGUCAUCAGCAGCGAAGAAGAAGAUAGGCUUCUGGGACCUAAUGUAGACCAUCAGGGGGACGGACCGGAUGGCCCUGACAAAUCAUAA